CCCGCUCCUCCCGCCACUGGCAGCUCUAAGAUGCCCCGCUAUGAACUGGCUUUGAUCCUGAAAGCCAUGCAGAGGCCUGAGACAGCUGCCGUGCUCAGACGCACCGUUGAGGCUCUGCUGGAGAGAGGAGCCAUUGUCAGGAGCCUGGAGAACCUGGGGGAGAGAGCUCUGCCUUACAAAAUCUCCAAGCACAAGGAGCGCCACAAGAGAGGGGGGUAUUUCCUGAUAGACUUAGAGGCCCCUCCUUCCAUCGUGUCCCCCAUGAUGGAACAUUUGGGGAGGGACAUUGAUGUCAUCAGGAGAGCUUUUGUCAAACACCCCGUGGCCAAGGCAGAAGAGUGCAGUGGCAUCAUCCCAGUCAGCCCUGAAGAGAAACUCUCUGCCAAGAAAAACUGAAAAUCCCAAAUGUUUGAAACCUUUUUUAACCCAUUUUUUAUUGCUGCUGUGGAAAAAAAAAUGGGAUAACUCCUGCCCAUCAAAAAAAAAAUAAUUUCUGGUCACAGGAUGUGUGUGGUCUUCAUUAUUGUAACAAAUGAGGUUUCUUUUUGUUUGAAAUAAUUGGAAUUGUUUUAAUCUGGGUGCUUAUCUUGCUGUUUGACAACUCUGCAAAUUGAUUUGCUUUUCUCUCCGAGCAUUACAUUGAUAAUGAAGAUUUCUGCAGCAGCAGGGUGCUAUAAAUAGCAUUUUUUUUCCAGAGAUUACACCAGAAUAUGGAUAUUUACAUAAGAGAUUAAGAAGUCUGCAGUGUAAAUAUAGAAAUCUAGGAUGUGAUUUGGUGUGGGUUUGUUUUUUUGGGGGAAAAAAGGCAAUAAAAGUGUGGUUAAAAAUAAAA